AUGAGUGAUAUUACUGAAUCCAAUAGAAAAUACUUUGACAAACUGGCUUCCACCUAUAAGGAACAGUUUGGGAAAACUUGGAUGCUGAUUGCUAAGGUGGUUUCUGAGGAUCGUCUCUGGAUCAGUGAUAAAUGGACGGAUACCGAGGAAGGAAGAGACCAGAAGCUGCAUAUGCUUGAGUAUGCCUGCGGACCUGGCGCUGUCUCUAUUGCCCUUGCUCCCUUCUUGACCAAGGUUACUGGCGUUGAUCUCUCAGAAAACAUGAUCAACGAAUACAACAAGAAUGCCCAGGAAGCCAAUCUCGUGGGCAAGAUGACUGGCUUCAAGGGCGACCUCCUCACAGAGACCGUUUCAGCUGAAUUCGAUGGUCCCGGAUUCUUCGAUUUCAAUAUCAUUGCUGUCAGCCUGGCUCUCCAUCAUUUUGAAAACCCUGGUCUUGCAAUCGAACGUCUAGGAGCAAGACUGAAGAAAGGUGGCGUCCUUUUCUUCAUUGAUUUGGUUCCCGAGGGUCACCAACACCAUCGCCACGGCAUAAUGGAUGAGUUUGAUGAGGCUUCCGCUACAAUCCGUGUCCAUGGUUUCAACAAAGAAGACAUGAAAAGGCUGUAUGAUGAUGCCGGUUUUACUGCAAACUUCGAUUACCGUAUCAUACCGGAACCUCUGGAGUUGAGCAAGGACGGGAAGACAUUCAAAAAGACCAUGUUUAUUGCCAGGGCUCAGCGUGAGUGA